GUGCGCCGUUAGCCGCCUUGCCUACCCCGCCCUCGAGUGAGAUGUCCCCUCGACAGCCUAGACUCAAACCUCGUCGCUCUAAGUUGUUCUCCGGGAUAUGCACUUAGCCUUCAGUGUAUAAAGUGCGCAGCGCAGCAUCAUUGAUGGUGCACGAACCCCUCUCUCUUUCAGAUGGACGAAUUUCAAAUCUCCAAGCGCGUUAUCAUUGCUUGCACCAAUUGCCGGGAUCGCAAGACCAAGUGCCUCUCGGAGUCGAAGGAGAAGAUAUGUACGGGAUGUGCUCGUCUCGGGCUCGAAUGUGUUUACCUGCCUGUCAAGAAGCACCCCUCUCGGCCUAACUCGCAGGCUCGAUCUCAAGCACACUCUCCCACCGCAUCCGAAUCGUCAUCGACUGCUGCCCAAUAUCCGUCGGGCUACGCGCAGAGCUAUCACAGCCAGUCAAGCCAUGUCAAUCAAACUCCUGCAUAUGACACCACUGUCGGGACCCAAAUGAACCUGGGGCAUUAUCCGACGGGCAAUAUGUCCUCCGCCCACGCCCCGGCUCAAUCCCAAGGGUGGAGCAGCCACUCGCCGAUGUCUUACAACACUGGAAGCGCAACGACGUAUGGAUACGGAGCGGCGAGUCAUGCUGCGCCAAGCAAUGCCCAGUUCCCAGCUACCGCUCAAACUGGCUCAUUUUCACAAUACCAGUGA